AUUUGUGUCCUCGUAAGAUAUUAUAAGAUCUUCAAUGCAAAUAACAAAUUGGUUAUGUGACUGCUAACGUACAGUAGCUGUACUUUAUGCCCAGCCAGCAACAAGCUGGUUUUUUCCUAUUAUGUCAUUUAUAACACAGUUUACAGAAGCAACACAUCAAUUCCUCGAUCGACACUCUGAUCCAAUCAAGCUUAGUCUAACAGCUAUAGCUGCUUCUGCGCUAACGGCUUCGAGCAUUCUAACAUACCAAGCGAGCCAGCGUCGUCAACGAGCACGCACAUUAAAAGAGGAAUUGAAGGAAGCAGAGCUCAAAAAGCCUAUCGAUCUCACACCUGUCGGGACAGCAUUGACACAUCACAUACCACCCACAUUUACUGAGAAUACGAUUGCUGAUCAACUAAGUGGAGUAACCGAGUUUUUUGGUAAGGAGGGAGCGCGUAAGGUGCGAGAAUCUUUUGUGAUUGUGGUUGGAGCUGGUGGUGUUGGAUCCUGGGCUGCACUGAUGUUACUGCGCUCUGGAGUCAAACGUAUCAGGGUCAUUGAUUUUGAUCAAGUUACACUCAGCAGUCUCAAUCGUCAUGCUGUGGCUACCCUCGAAGACGUAGGCACACCCAAAGUGCGAUGUAUCAAGAAACACUUUAAAGAAAUCGCACCAUUUGUACAAGUCGAGGAUCAUAUUGACUUAUUGAAUGCAGAUAAUGUAGAUGAGUUAUUAGGAGGAAAUCCUGACUUUGUUGUGGACGCAAUUGAUAACAUAAACACCAAAGUUGAUUUGAUGAAGUAUUGCUAUGAUAGAAAAUUAAACGUCAUCAGUUCAAUGGGUGCAGGUGCAAAAGCAGAUCCGUCACGAAUUCAAAUCGCAGAUAUUAGCGAGACAUUUGAGGAUCCUUUGGCGAGAGCUGUUAGAAGAAAGUUGAAAAAACUGAAUAUACUCAGUGGAAUUAAGGUUGCCUAUUCCACUGAAAAGCCUCACCAUGUUAAGCUGCUACCUCUAGAGGAGGAAAAAGUAGAAGACAGGGAAGAAUUUGCUGCUCUACCUGAUUUUAGAGCUCGCAUUUUACCUGUUUUAGGAACUAUUCCUAGUAUGUUUGGUAUGGCAAUUGCAAGCUAUAUCACACUUUCUAUAGCAGAAUAUCCGCACUUUGAACCACUUGCGAUCAAGCUUAGAGAAGGACUAUACGCUAGAGUACACAAGGAGAUGAUCACAAGAGAAUACAAGACAUUUAAAGAAAAUAGGGUCUGCACAUUGGAUGUUCGCGAUGUGGGAUACAUAUUUGAAGAGAUGUGGCAUGGAAAGAGCGCUAUCUCUGGACCUAGUGAUAAGCUGUGCUUAACGAGAUGGGAUAAAACAAAGCCUAUUGGUUAUACAAAUGCUGUCUGCAUGACAAGAAUUGAAGCUAAUGAACAUGACAGUUUACCUGAGAGUACAGACUUGGAAAAGCACUAUGGAAAGGAGAUUUGUGACCGGGUUAAUGAACGAUUUAGACAGGUAGAAGUUCAAAAAAGGACAUGGGAAACAGUUUUGUAA